CUCUCUUCCCCAUAUCUCGUGACUUGGUCUAGUCUAACUUUCAUAUAGUUCUUUUCAUUUGUAUACUUCUUCAACAUUUUCUUUUCAGUUACGCUUCCUCGCCACAUCUGUAUCUCCACCAGUGGUGGUCCACAUACCGCCAUGUUCCUGUUGGAGUAUCUCCGACAUCGUCGAGACUGUCGGUUCAAGCAAGACCAACGGGCUGCUCGGAUUAAAGCUCUUCGAUCAUAUCAUGGCUCCUUUAGUGUCCUUGAUCGAGAUAUUCUCGACAAGUCCAUCGAGGAACUUGUCCAAGAUGUACAAGAAGACCCGAGCAAGGCAAAUGAUCUUCUAAGUACAUAUGGCAAAGUUGCCCUGAAGGCCCAAGCUAAGACCAAUUGUGUUACGGAGAUUAUGCUGGCUGAUGCUGAAAAGUGGCUGAGAGACGGGUCUGUCAACCUCAAAGGGCCUUUGGCAGGCAUCCCAGUAAGCUUAAAGGACACAAUCGAUGUUGCCGACUAUGAUAGCACAGUAGGGAUGAGCAUUAAUGUUGGCAAUGCGAAACCAGUUGAUGGAACAACUACAAGACUGCUCAAGGAUGCUGGCGCCGUCCCCUAUGUCAAGACCAACGUCCCCAUUACACUCCUCAGCUUUGAGUCCUCCAACGACGUGUGGGGACAAAGUUCCAACCCCUACAAUAACAAAUAUACCCCUGGCGGAUCAACCGGAGGCGAGGGUGCCCUCCUGGCUCUUGGCGGCCGAAUCGGCAUUGGCAGUGAUGUUGCAGGCAGUGUUCGCUGUCCCGCCCACUUCUCCGGCGUCUACUCCUUGAAGUGUUCCACAGGUCGAUGGCUCAAGACCGGAAUGUGCACCAGCAUGCCCGGACAGGACGGCGUGCCGUCUGUAUAUAGCCCUAUGGCCCGGACUUUGGACGACUUGACGUACUUUACCCGAGCGUUCAUCCAGAUGAGACCGUGGACUUAUGACUACUCAUGCCACCCUAUCCCCUGGAGAUCCGAGAUCGAGCGAGAAUAUUCUCAGAGGAUACUAAGAGUUGGCAUAUUUCGCACAGACGGCGUUGUGGAUCCGAGCCCUGCUUGUAAGAGAGCCUUGGAGAUGACCGAAGCCGCGCUCCGAAAAGCUGGACACGAGAUAGUGGAGAUAGACCCCCCGUCCCCAUACGAGGCACUGUGUCUUGCGUCCCUUCUCCUAAAUAGUGAUGGUCUCGAGACAGCCAUGUCCUUCCUCCGCUGGGGAGAAUGGAAUGAUUGCGGCGUUGCUCAGCUGAGAUGGUACAUGACGCUUGCCAGACCCAUCAAGUAUUUGCAUUAUCUCUGGGUCAAGUACGUUCGCAGAGACCUCGUCUGGGCAAAACUCAUCCGAAGCUGGGAACCCCAGACCGGAUAUCAGAUUUGGCAGCUGAAUGCGAAGCGGGAGGAGUACAAGCAGAAAUGGUUUGACUGGUGGGAUGCAUCCGAUAUCGACUGCCUGAUUGCUCCGCCCAACGCAACCCCUGCCAUUCCUCACAAGGGAAUGCAUCAUGCAGUAAGCAGCUGCGGAUACACAUUUCUCUUCAACUUGCUCGACUAUUCGGCUGGAGUUCUGCCAGUCACUCACGUAGAUAAGGCCAAGGAUCAAUUACCAAGCGACUUCAAGCUGAACAAAUUAAACGGGGUUGCUCAGGGAGCGUAUAAGCUGUAUGAUGCGAAAGCUAUGCAUGGCUUGCCCGUGGGCAUUCAGGUCGUGGGACGACGAUUGGAGGAAGAGAAGGUGUUGACUAUAAUGCAGAGGGUCGAGGACGCCCUCGGCGACGACAGGUUCCCACAACUGGAUAUUGACUAAUUGACAGUCGCUUUAGGAAAACAAUAUUACUAGCCGCUUAAAAUAAUAUCAUGUACAAGAGGGUAUGUUCAUAUUGCGAUAUAGGCCGACCCCCGGACCAAGACUAGGUACGCUAGAGAGGAUCUUGGCUCCAUAAGGACGAGAACGUGGCUUUGACAAAGUAAAUCCUGCGUCAACGGCUCAAGAUAUUCCUUGCCGAUGUAACCGGGAACUUUGUGUUAGCAAAUCAGGUUGAAGUAAAAUGUAAUGAUACUGGGGCGCUCAUCUCUGGUGUUGAAGGGGUCCAGGGAAUAGGCUCCGAUCUCGGCGGCCGUCUCAAACCGAGCUUCCCCUCAGCGCAUCAAGCGCAGCAGCUCCAAAGGUAUAA